UUGUCUUAUUGGAGCUAGCUUCGGUUGAUUUAUGGUUUUUACUCCUGCCUCACAUGUUUUAUAUUAAUGUAAUCUUCGGGUUGUCUGUUUCACCAAAUUCUUCGGUUGACCGAACCAUCAACCGGAAAAAUUGUUGAGGAUUAAUGAGAAUUAUUUGGCGUGGUCCUCGCAAAAAUGCCUUAAUUAAACAAUUCCUUCGUGAUGUUGAUUGGGGCAACGUAGACUUUCUUUUAAUUGAUACUCCGCCUGGAACUUCUGAUGAACACAUUUCUGUCGUUCAACUUCUCUUGCAAUCAUCACAACUUGAUGGAGCCUUAAUUGUUACAACACCACAAGAAAUUUCUUUGUUGGAUGUUCGAAAAGAGGUUAACUUUUGUAUCAAAACUAAAGUACCAGUUCUUGGUGUCAUCGAAAACAUGGCAGAAUUUAUCUGCCCAACUUGUUGUACUCAUUCACAACUUUUCCCUUCAACAACUGGUGGUGCUUUGGGAAUGUGUAAAGAACUGGGUGGAGAUUUAGAAUUGUUGGCAUCACUACCUUUGGACCCAAAACUUGGCAAGAGCUUGGAUAUGGGGAAUGCUGGAAAAUUUUUUGAAAAAUUGGAAGAUUCUGUUAUUGUCCACAAAGAAUUUAAAAAAUUGGCUGAAGCAAUUUUGAAAAAAUGUGAAAAUGAAGAAUUGAAAGAAGAUGACAAAUUAGAAGAAAAUGGGACAGCAAAAUUGACGAAUAAUUUUUAG